GCCUGGGCCCUGGGCCUGGGCCUGGGCCUGGGCCUGGGCCUGGGCCUGGGCCUGGGCCUGGGCCCUGGGCCUGGGCCUGGGCCUGGGCCUGGGCCUGGGCCUGGGCCUAGGCCUGGGCCUGGGCCUGGGCCUGGGCCUGGGCCUAGGCCUGGGCCUAGGCCUAGGCCUGGGCCUGGGCCUGGGCCUAGGCCUAGGCCUAGGCCUGGGCCUAGGCCUGGGCCUAGGCCUAGGCCUAGGCCUAGGCCUAGGCCUAGGCCUAGGCCUAGGCCUAGGCCUAGGCCUAGGCCUAGGCCUAGGCCUAGGCCUAGGCCUAGGCCUAGGCCUAGGCCUAGGCCUGGGCCUAGGCCUGGGCCUAGGCCUAGGCCUAGGCCUAGGCCUAGGCCUAGGCCUAGGCCCUAG